AUGAUAACUGAAAAGGCUGUUUUAUCCGAGAAAUAUUCUGCGGGUCCUCAUGGCUUAGGUGAUCCAGAAGACAGAACGUUGAGAAAGGUAGAACUAGAAGUAUUAAUACCCAAACUUAUGAGAGAAAAGGCUAAAACUGAGAAAUGCGUACAAGAAGUGGCAGAUUUCAAUCAUUGUUGCAUAGAGUCCUCAAUACUGAUGGUCGUUAAAUGUCGAAAAGAGAACUCUGUGAUGAAAUCUUGUCUAUCCAGUUGGUAUCAAAAUGAAGAUUUCAGAAAAUUAUGUACAGAAGAAUAUUUAAAAGAGAGGAGUGAAUAUAGACGAUCUGGAAUUAAAAAACCUAUGAAAAGGGCAUAA